AUGAAUCCAAAAGGUUAUAAAUUUGAAGUUCACAUUCAAAUUGAAAAAAUGGAAAUGAAUAGUAGUUUAUCAUUUUAAGUGUAAAUUAUAUUAAAAUGUGGUAUGUACUAUUUCUAUCAUUUAAGGAAAUUAAAAAGUAUAGACAUAGUAAUUAGCUGAUUUUAAUUAAGGAAGAGCAAUUAUUAAUGAAACUUUGUUGAUUCAAACUAAUGUGUAUUAAAUAAAUGGAAUAUAUUAAGAAAAGAAAAUAGAGUUGUUAAUUUUGCUUAUUACAACAAAAGGUAAAAAAAAAGCAGGUCAAUGUUAUAUUAAUAUUGCAGAGUUAUUGAAUUAAGAUAAAUAUGGUAUUUCAUAAUUGCACUUUAGACAUUAAUUAAGAAUUAUUCUUAGAAAAUUGCCCUGAUAAUAAAGCCAAAAUUUAUUCAAAAAUUCAAUUAACAAAAAUUGGGAAAGUAGACUUUGAAGCAAUUAAUACACAAUAUUCAAUAGUUAAUGAGUAAAGUUCAGAUAAAAAAUAAGGAAUAUUUACACCAUUUAAAGCAGCUCUUGAAAACACUGCAAAGAAAUAUUUUGGAGAUAAUCAAUCCGCAUAAUCAUAGAAAUUGGAAAAUUCAUUUUCUAGAAAUUAAAUAAAAAAUCCCAUGGUAUCAGAUGUUUCAUAUCAACUGAAUUCACAAAAAUAGUAAUAGAAUUUAUAGCUAAGCAAUUAAGUCUAAUAAGAUUUAUAACAUCUACAUGAAGAGCUUAAUCAAUAAAAGAUAUUAUAAAUGGAAAUGAAGGAUUAAAAUAAUUAAUUAAAGUAGGAAAUACAAUUAGAAAAGGUGAAAAAAGAGACAUUGAUUUUAUAGAUUUAAGAAUAAAAACAACAGAUGGAAAAAAUGAUUGAUUAAUACAUAUAUCAAGAAUAGAUAUAUUAAUAUGAAUAACAAUUAAGUUAAAUUCAAUGUCAAUUAAGGUAAGCACAAAAAGAUAAUGAAAAUCUUACUUUAAAUUAUAAAUAAGCUAUGUAAUAGUAUAAUAAAUUAAAUGAGGAGUAUGAUUAAUAUUAAUAGAAUAAGACAAAGGAAUUGAAAGAUAUUAGUAAUUAAAAAGAUCUAUUAUAUUAAGCUUUAGAGAAAUCUAAUAAUAAUAAUUGUUAGCCUAAGAAUAUUAAUUAUGAAAAUUAGAUCAUUUAAUUAAAUUAAUAAUUAUUAUAAUUGAAAAAUAAGAUUGAUGAAAAAGACAAUUUUAUUAAAUCACAAACUUAAAAUAUUAAUAGUCUAAAUGAAUAAUUAUUAAAUUUAUACAAUUAAAAUAGUUUUCUAUAUUACAAUGAAAAAAUGCUGAAUGAUAAAGUAUUGAUUUUUUUAUGAUGAUUAGAUUGAUGAAUAAUCUAAGUAGAUUCUUAAUCAAUAGGAAUAAAUAAAUUAAUAAAUUACAGUAAUUAAGUAGCAAUAUGAAGAUCUAUUAUAUUAAAAUAAUUAAACUAUAAAAUAACUUAAAAAUGAAUUAAUUGAAAAAAAUUUAGAAAUUACAUCAUAUUAGACUAUCUGUCAAUAACUAUAAUAAAAAGAUCAAUUAGAAAUAAAUGAAAUUGAAAAAUUAAAAUAAGGAGGACAAACAUAAACAGAUAUAGAUUUAAAAUAUAGGGAAAAAGAGUAGAAAAUUUAAGAUGAAUUAUAGAAGUACCGUGAGAGAGAAGAAGAACUAAGAACUAAAGUUUAAUUUCUUAUGCAAUAAACAAAUUAAUUGUAAUAUAUGUAAAAUAUAGUAUUAGUUAAACAGAAGUUAUGAGAAAGUUGUUUCUAGACCCCUAGAUUCCAGGCACACCUGUUAAUCUUCCAAAUCAAUUGAUUGAAUUGAAUAGGGCAAUAUCUAUCAAAUUUUCUAAGUUAAAGUAGGAUCUAGAAUGCCAUUAAUUUGAGAUAUAGUCUUAAGAGAAUAUUAAUGUUGAUAAUUCUUAAAAUUAGCAAGUGGUAAUAUUAAAAUAAUUAUAAUUAAAGACCUUUGAAUUAACUUAAGCGAAAUUAAAAAUUGAUAAUCUGUAAAAUGAUAACAUAUAUUUACAAAAAUAAUUAGUAACAAAAUCUGAAUUUUUAAAUUAAUUAAAUUAAUAAAUUUUAAAUUAAAAUUAAAAAAUUUAGGAUUUAGAAAUUUAAAAUAAAGAUAUUAUAUAGAAAUCGAUUUUGGAAGCAUAGAUUCAACAAUAAUUAAGUGAAUAAAUUAUAAUAUUUGAUAAUUAAAAUUAGGAACUUAAAAUUUAAUUAAAAACUUCGUAAAUUGAAAUUUAAUAAAAAGAUGAUUUGAUUAAAAAUUUAUAAAGCAACCUUUAAUAAUUAAACUAACAAAAUUAAGAAUUAAUUAUAAUUAAUGAACAAUUAUAAUAUUAAUUAAAGGAACAAAUUCAUAAUACAUAGUAAUUAUAAUAUAAUGAUUUGAUCCUGGAGUUGAAUUAAAAAUUAAAAGAUUUAGAAAUUUUCAAUAUAUAAUUAUAAAUAUAGAAAUAAGAAUAAGAGAAUUAGAUAGAAAAAUUACAAAAAGAUCUUUUCCAACAAAAAGAAUAUUAAAUUGAAAAAUAAAAAUUAAUUUCCUUUCCAACUGAUUAUGAAAUUGUAGAUCAGCAAUAAAAAGAAUAACAUCACGAUAAAUUAACUAAUUUAUAAGGUCAUCUUUUAAUAGAAGAAUCUUAAAAAAGUUAAGAAAAAUAGUUAAUUUUAGAAUAAAAAAUAGAAUAAUUAACUAUUUAAUUAAAUUAAUAAACUUCUACACUAUUACAAGCCUAAAUUACUAUUGAUUAGAUAAAAAAUGAAUAUAACUAAACAUUAGAGAGAGCUUAACUGAAGGAAACAGAAUUUAAACUUUAAUUAGGGUAAUCACAAGUUUUAAAUGAUAAUCUAUAAACUGAAUUAGAUAGCUAAAGAAUUUAACUUAAAAAUUUGGAAGAAUAAAUUUAAUAGAAAAAUUAGAUUAUUGAAGAAUUAGAAACUUAAAUCAAAAAAAUUCAAUAAAAAUUAUAAAUUGAUAUAUAAGAUUUAUAAUAAUAAUUAUUUACUGAAAAUGAUGAAUGGCAAAAAGAAAAAGAAAUAAUUUAAUAAUAUAUUGAUGAACUAGAACAUAGGGCCUUAUAAUUAACAAAUUAAGUAAAGGAGAAGGAUAAUAAACUUUAAGAUUUAUAGAUAUAGAAUGAACAAUUAAAUGAAUAAUUAAUAAUAUCAUAAUAUAAUAAUGAAAGAGUAUAACAACUAGAGUAAUAAUGUUUCGAUAAUAUAUAAAAAUAUGAAUUAUAAUUACAAUAGUAAUCUUAAGAUAAUUAGGUUAAAUUAUUAGAUUAAAAGACUUAAUUAAACAAAUAGGAAAUUAAAAAUGAAAUAGAAAAAUAAUUGAUAAUUAAUAAUUAUGUGAAUCAAUUGAGAGAUAAAGAUGAUUUAAUAUAACAUUAAUAACAAGAAAUUCAAAAUUAUCAAUAAGUUAAAUUGGAAUAGUAAAAUGUAAUUAAAUUUUUAGAGAGUAUUAAAGAUAAUUUUGAAUAAAAAUAAUCUGAAAAUUUUGAAUAUAUCAAAAAUAUUUAGAGAACAUAUGAAUAAAUUAAAGUAUAAUCAUAGCAAUAAGAGUUCUUAAUAAAUUAAUUAUAAAAUACAAUAAGAGAGUUAGAACUAAAAAAUUAAGAAUUGGAAAUGGAGAAAAUAAAUAUUUCAAAUAAUUAUUAAUAAGCUUUAAUUGAAGCAUAAUCUUUGAAUCAUACUUAAGAUAAUUCUAAUGAGAUAAUUGAAAAGAUACAAGAAGAAGUUAUUUUAUUAAAAUGUAGAAUAGGAGAUAUGUUGAAUGAAGCAUAGGAAUUUGGAGGGGCUUAAUUAGUUGAUAAAUUGUAAUAAGCAUUAGGAAUAAAGGAAUGA